CUAUAAGACUCAGAAGUAUUCACGGGCCUACUUUGGUUUCAAGUCACCAGAGAAGUGCUCAGUUCAAGGACAUAGUUGAAUAUGCGCCUUCACAGCGUGUGCCGAAACCAUGUGACAAGAAAGAUCCUCGUGAAGGGUCUCUUACCAAAGACCCUGAUUAUCUUGAAUUCCUUAAGCUCAUUGCUCAAACUGUCGAGAAUCUCCCUAGUGCUGAAGUCCAGUUGGAAAGAAGAGAAGCCGAGCAGUCUGGUGCUUCAAAACCGGCUCCUAUUGUUACCCCUCUUAUGGAAUUCAUACGGCAAAAGCGUGCUACUGUGAUUGGAUCUCAGGGUUUAUUAGAUGUUCGAAGAGGAGGUAGAAGAGCCAGAGCAGUCUCGGCAAACAAGCCUAGUUCAAGGCCUUCGAAACGAAACUGUGAAAAGAAAAAGUAUGUGGAAAAGGACAACUCAAAAAGCGUCCGCAGCUCCAAGCAAGAUUAUCAUCAGCCGAACUCAAGUGGAAAGGACAUACAAGUAGCUGAAACUGCCUCUGUCAUGGAUAGCUCUCUCCCAGGGAUUUCAUUGACUAUGGAUUCUGGGAAGAAAAAAAUCUUGCUCCUGGAAAAAGACCGAGACAAUCCUGUUAACUCUCCACCACAACCGGAACAGCAGAUAGAAACUAAUCUCUCCUCGACUUCAAGACAGAAUCAGAAGGUUGAUGUCGGUGGGAGAUUGAUCAAGGGAAUACUUGUGAGAAAUGAGCAGCGACAUAGCCAGUCUUCAACUUUUGUUCAGCCUGAGCCAAGAGUGGAACCCUCAGAAGCAGAAAACUGCAAACGUCCUUUUCGAGCAGUGAGAAGCAAGAGAGGCGUCCAAGAAACAAGGACAGACCUGAUCGUGUGGUGUGGGCUCCUCUCCGUCGCCGCUCACGGGUCUAAUAACAGCGAAGACCAACUUUCAUCUUCAGCAGCAAACGAUGGAAAAGUGAAAGAGAGGACGUUGUUGCAAAGAUCUGGAGAAGUGGUGAACUCCUCUGGUGGACACUCUCCUGAGAAUUGUUCUGCUAGACAUUCUAGUCGCCGUGUUGGAGCUCGCAAUAGAAAAGAAGACGGCUUUGCCGUGACUGGUGAGGGUAGAUCAUCGUGUAGAGGAGGUGGUGGUGGUUCCAAUUCAUAUGAGAAGCAAAAAUGGAUCCAAAAAUCAUCAACGGGUACUUGAUAUAUUUGCUUAUGAUAUGGCUUUAAACAUCAGCCAGUUCCAAUGAAUUUUGUCUUUGAACGGGAGUCUAUAGAUCUGAAUGGAAAUGGAGAGUAACAACACUAUCAACAUCACUCGGGUUUUUGGAAAUUUUGGUCCAUCUAAGUCGUAGUAUUGCACAUAAAAGAGACCCUCUGAAAGUAGGAAUAGGAAUCAGGUUUGAGACAAGAAAGACUCGGUUGCUUCUAGACGUUCAUGGUGCCUGCAACC